AUGACUUCUAUGGCCAGCGUAUUCAUCAUUUUCAUGUUUGUAUUCUUUCUAUUAUGGAUAUCAAGAAUAUUUCAAAGAGCUGCUAGUAAAAAGAGAGUUCCACCUAAAGCUGGCGGUGCACGACCUUUGAUUGGCCACCUCCAGUUGUUAGGAGGGUCAGAACCGCCCCAUAUAACUUUGGGUAAGAUGGCUGACAAGUACGGACCAAUCUUCACUAUUUGGUUGGGUGUGCACCGAACUCUGGUCGUAAGCAGUUGGGAGAUAGCUAAAGAGUGUUUUACCACCAAUGACAAAGCCUUUGCCAAUCGUCCAAAAGGUGUAGCUCCAGAAGUCUUGGGCUACAACUAUGCCAUGAUUGUGUUCAGCCCUUACGGUCCCUUGUGGCGCCAAGUGAGAAAAAUCGCCACACUAGAGGUCCUCUCAAACCACCGCCUUGAGACAUUCAAACACAUUCGGGAGGCCGAGGUGAAUGAUUCUCUAAAAGAGAUAUAUAAGCUUUUGGGCAAGAACAAGAAAGUGUUAGUGGACAUGGAGAGAUGGUUUGGGUACACAGUCCUAAACGUAAUAUGUAGGAUAGUUGUAGGGAAACGAUUUGGCAGGGCUACGAGCAAGGAAGAGAAUGAAGCUAAUGACCGGUGCCGAAAGACGUUCAGAGUCUUCUCCGAUUUGAGUGGAGAAUUUAUGUUCGCAGAUGCACUUCCAUGUCUAAGGUGGUUAGACGUGGGAGGAUAUGAGAAAGCCAUGAAAAAAAUCGCAAAAGAAGUGGAUCAUAUGGUUGGAGUAUGGUUAGAAGAACAUAAGCAGAAGAAAUUGUCUAGUGAGUUGAAGGAACACCAAGAUUUUAUGGAUGUACUGUUAUCCAUUGUAACUGAAGACGAUGAUGAGUUUUCUAGUUAUGAUGUUGAUACAAUUGUCAAGGCUACAAGCACGGAUCUUAUCUUAGCGGCCUCAGAAACAUCAACAAUAACACUGACAUGGGCUCUCUCUUUACUUCUCAACAAUCGUGAAGCCUUAACAAAAGCCCAAGAAGAAUUAGACAUCCAAAUCGGUAAAGAUAGGCAAGUGAAGGAAUCAGACCUGAAAAAUUUGGUCUAUCUUCAAGCUAUUAUCAAAGAAACAAUGCGCUUAUAUCCUGCCGCACCACUCCUAGUGCCACAUGAGUCUAUGGAAGACUGUACUUUGGCUGGCUACCACAUCCCAGCAGGCACACGACUCCUUGUUAAUGCAUCGAAACUCCAACGAGACCCAAACGUGUGGGAGGAUCCUAACAAAUUCAAACCAGAAAAAUUCCUUACAACCCACAAGGGUGUUGACGUUAGGGGCCAAAAUUUUGAAUUGAUACCAUUUGGUAGUGGUAGAAGAAUGUGCCCUGGGAUCUCAUUUGCCCUACAAAUUACACAACUCAAACUUGCUACCUUGCUGCAUGCUUUUGAAAUUGCAACCCCAUCGCAUGAACCUAUGGACAUGACAGGGAAAGGAGGCUUUACAAACCAGAAAGCCACACCACUUGAAGUCCAUCUCACUCCACGCUUUCAUGCUCAAAUAUAUGCAUAA